AUGGGAAAAAGAAAAUUAGAAGUCAAGAAAAUUGAGGACAAGAAAAAGCAAAGGGAUACAUUUGAAGCAAGGCAACAAGGGUUGUUUAAGAAGGCCCGCCAACUUGUCCAAUUAUAUGAUGCAGGGGUAGCAUUGAUCACCAUCUCUGAAACUGGAAAAAUCUCUGAAUAUGGUAAUCCUACUCUUGAUUCUAUCCUCCAGCGUUAUCAAGAAGCCAAGAAAGGUGAAGCAGCCGCAAAAGCUAGCAAUGAUGUUCAGCCACAAGCAGAGAAUCUUCCCAAACAUGAUGCUGAUGAAACAGAGGAAAGCCCUGAUGAUGAUGAUCAGAACACUUCUGAUCAAGAAAUAUGA